UCCGCGUUUUGUUGUGGUGGUGGUGAUGGAGGCCCGCCGCCGCUCGUCGGUACCGAUCGAUACGCCCGCCGCCAAGCCGAAUACCGGCCAUGGCGGCUGUCGUUGUCGUCGCGCGUCGCGCGUCCUGAGGUAGAACGCGGCAAGUGGCCUCGCGUGUUCGCCGCCGCACGACCGGCCAUCACGGGCUGACGGGGAUGAUAAGCGCGGGCGCGACCGCGUGCGCGGGGCGUGGUGCGAGAGCGUAGCCGAGGCGGUCGCCUCCCCGCAGACGCAGAGAGAGAGCCCUAAGCCCUCCCUUGAAUCUCCACUCCGGCGGGAACACACCAAGGCUAAGGUGAUGUGAAGGAGAAAUUGAAACCGCCGAAUUGACGACAUUUCUUCUUUCUACGGGGUUAUUACAAUAUUCAAGAUACCUCCGAAACGGUUGACAAAUCUGUAAAGAUGGUAUCCAUGCAAGAUGCGGAGACUAGCACGAUGCGCAGGCUGUCAGACGACGAUGACGAUGAUCCUAGUAGUGGAUCUGAGACCUAUGAGGAAGGAGAUCUGCUUUCGGCUGCAAUGGAUGACGAUGUUACAGCUCAACUCGCCGCAGCAGGUUGGCAAAUCAAACACAUUAAUGGACCAGUAGGCGUCGCCGCUGCAGCUGCCAUUGUAUCAGCCAAGAAACGAAAACGACCUCAUAGUUUUGAAACUAAUCCCAGUAUCAGAAAGAGACAACAAAACAGACUUUUAAGAAAGCUUAGACAAACUAUUGACGAAUUUGCUACCCGAGUUGGACAACAAGCAGUAGUGUUAGUGGCUACGCCAGGUAAACCAAAUAGUAGUUACAAAGUCUUUGGAGCAAAGCCCUUAGAGGAUGUAGUUAAAAAUCUAAGGACCGUUAUCAUGGAGGAACUGGAGAACGCACUCGCGCAGCAAGCACCGCCGCCCGUGCAAGAUGAUCCGUCAUUAUUCGAAUUACCACCGCUUAUAAUCGAUGGUAUACCGACUCCGGUCGAGAAGAUGACACAAGCGCAACUUAGAGCGUUCAUCCCGUUGAUGUUAAAGUAUUCUACAGGCAGAGGUAAACCUGGCUGGGGAAGAGAUAGUACGCGACCUCCUUGGUGGCCUAAGGAAUUACCUUGGGCUAAUGUCCGAAUGGAUGCGCGAACGGAAGACGAAAAACAAAAAUGCAAUCCAUUACAGAUCUCUUGGACUCAUGCGUUACGGCAAAUUGUAAUAAAUUGUUACAAAUAUCACGGAAGAGAAGAUCUUCUACCGGCGUUUAGCGAAGAUGACGAUAAAUCUAAUACUCUACUACAGCAAGCGACGCCUCAUUCCUCGUCGCAUCCAUCAUCGAGCCAAACACAAAAUGGAGGACAGUCGCAACAGCAACAGACGGUGGGAGUUGUUCGUCUGAACAGCGCGGAUUCAUCUAAGGGAAACUCUUCGCCAGCACAAAUCAUUGCCGCGUCUCCCACAGCUCUUGCCACUGCCACUCAGAUGACAGCCCAAUAUCCAACAACUGUAUUGCAGACAAUAACCAAUCCAGAUGGAACAGUUUCUAUAAUACAGGUGGAUCCUAGCACGCCGAUUAUUACGUUACCAGAUGGUACAACAGCUCAAGUUCAAGGAGUUGCUACUAUCCAUACAAGUCAAGGAGAUGUUCAGGCGCUAGCGGAAGUAGCCGGUAGUACAGAAGGUGGUAGUGUAGCCGUCGAUUUGAACACCGUUACAGAAGCAACGUUAGGUCAAGACGGCCAGAUCAUCCUUACCGGGGAAGAUGGACACGGAUAUCCUGUAUCAGUCUCAGGAGUAAUCACAGUGCCAGUGUCUGCCAGUAUGUAUCAAACUAUGGUCGCCAAUAUACAGAGUGAUGGCACAAUGCAAGUGGUAACGCCGAUGGUUCAAGUACCCAAAGUUGAAUCAGGAAACGGAGACACCACCAUUGAGGCUGUUACUAUACAAGGUCACCCCAUGACGAUGAUAAAUGCCGCUGGAGAACAUCAGGUUCUUCAAGUAAUAUCGUUAAAGGAUGCCAAUGUUCUAACAAAGACCAUGCAAGCCGAUAUUAAGGACGAGGACAGUCAACAACAACAAACUGUGUCUAGCCCAGAAUAA